AUGAGUCUCGGCCUGGGUGCGGUGGUUGCAUGUUUGGUGACUGGCAGCUUGCUCGGGUUGGAGCCCGUUGGAGCACGUGGGAGCAACGCUUCGGCUUUUGCCGUGAGUUUUGGGUACUCCACAAUUGAGUCGAUGAGCUGCAGCUGGGACAAGUCUGGAAUCUAUAUCGGCUCUCCCCCUUCUCCCGCUGGCCGUGAGUGCGUGCCUUUCACUGGCAGCUAA